UGCCUCGAGUAGAUGGGAAUCCGCACUAGCACCAAUUGCAUAUCGAUUUUUUAAUUAUUUUGUGUAACAAAAGCAGGGAAUUCAUGCAUUUUUCAUCGUCAACACGGGAUUUUUAGACGAAAAAGUGCUGACGAUUUUUUUUUUGCGCUUUUAGGAAAUCAAAAAGCAAUCAUGAAAGAUAAAUUUCUACUGAAUCUCUUGAUAUUGGGUCUCUUGGUGGCCGGCAAUGUGUGUCAAGAGGAGCCUUUGACUGUGGAUGAAGACGAUGAUGGUGUCGUUGUUGAAUCGGAAGAUGCCGAAGACUUUAUCGAGUACAAGAGUCCCGUGCCUGAACCCGGAAAAUUCUACUUUGCCGAGCAUUUUGACGACAAAGCUGAAUUCGAGAAGAAAUGGGUGAAAUCGCGCGCCAAGAAGGAAGGCAUUGACGAAGAUAUCGCCAAGUACGAUGGAUUGUGGGCCGUUGAGGAGCCAAUGAAGAGCAUUUUGCGCGACGAUUUGGGUCUCGUGUUGAAGUCGAAGGCGAAACAUGCCGCCAUUGCAUCGCGAUUGACGAAGCCGUUUGUGUUUGCGGACAAACCGUUGGUCGUGCAAUACGAAGUUACGUGGCAAGAUGGGCAAGAAUGCGGCGGUUCUUACAUAAAAUUGUUGUCGUCAGGAAAGGAUACCGCUGACUUGGCACAAUUCCAAGACAAAACCCCUUACACAAUUAUGUUUGGGCCAGACAAGUGUGGCAAUGAUGCCAAGUUACACUUCAUUUUCCGUCAUAUUAAUCCAAUUAACGGCACUAUCACGGAGAAACACAGCAAAAAGCCAAAAGACCGUUUGGAAGAGCCCUUCAAAGACAAGCAACCCCACUUGUACCAACUCGUUUUGCGUCCCGACAACACUUUUACGGUUCGCGUUGAUCACAACAUCGUCAACGAAGGUCAUCUUCUCGAGGAUUUCCAGCCUCCCGUAAAUCCGCCGAAGGAAAUUGACGAUCCCACGGACAAAAAACCCGAAGAUUGGGACGAACGCGAACGCAUUCCAGACCCAGAAGCACGCAAACCCGAAGAUUGGGACGAAGAUGCGCCUCCUCAAAUCCCGGAUCCGAAUGCCGUGAAGCCCGACGGAUGGUUGGAUGACCUUGAAGAGAUGAUUGCCGAUCCAGAUGCCAAGAAACCCGACGAUUGGGACGUUGAUAUCGACGGAGAAUGGGAAGCACCUUUGAUUCCAAAUCCCUUGUGCGAAAAAGCUGUCGGAUGUGGUUUGUGGAAAGCGCCGCUCGUGAAGAAUCCCGACUAUAAGGGCAAAUGGAGAGCACCCUACAUCGAUAAUCCUAAUUACAAAGGAAAAUGGUCACCACGACGCAUUCCAAAUCCAGACUUUUUCGAGGAUCUUCAUCCAUUUAAAAUGACCACGAUUAGUGCCGUUGGAUUCGAAUUAUGGUCCAUGUCGGGCGAUAUUCUUUUCGACAACUUGGUCAUUUCCGACGAUGAAACCGUUGUACGUGACUGGGCCGCUCAAACUUAUGAUCUCAAACGCAAGCAAAUCGACAGACAAUCGGAAACCCUUGUCCAACGAAUUGUUAACUAUACCAAUGCUAAUCCAUGGCUUUGGGCAGUUUAUGUAGUUGCCAUCGGCUUGCCAAUUACAAUUUUGUUGUAUCUUUGCUGCUCGCCAUCGACUCCAAAGAAGGAAAAAACCGAACAUCACAAGAAAACAGACGAACCAUCGCACGACGAUGCCGAUCACCAUCAACACGCUGAACUGGAUGAUCCUCUUGCCCCGUCAUCCGAUAACGAAGCAGAUGCCGCUGACGAAGUCGAUGACGAUGACGAUCGCGAACGCAACAGCGAUCCCGACAACUCUGAAGAUGCCGAAGAAGUGCAAGCGCCAGUCGAACGAACACCCGAACCAGCCACCAGAAAACGAAGAGCUCGCAAAGACUAAACAAAAAAAUCCAGCAGGAAAAAAUUUUUUCAUCAACAAAAAAGUAUUGCUGCAGUACUUUUGGAACUUUUGCUAAACAAAAAAUUAAGUUAAGAGAGAGGAUUCGGUCGUCAUCGCAUUUUAUUUUUUUUUUAUUUUUAUUAUUGUUAUAUUUAUAGAUAAUUUUUCUCCACAAAUCACAACUUCAGCAGAUGUUCUCACUCAUGUUUUAGGGGAUAUUUUUUGUCAAUAAUUUUUUUUUUCGAACGAUUUUUCGUGUAAAUUACUCAGAUUUUGGGAUUUUGUUUUGAUUUGUGAAAAAAAAAAUAGAUAAUAUAUUUGCGUAAUUUAGCUUCAAAUGUUAUCGAAACUUAUGUCUGUACACGUAAAAUAGACCAAAUAGAUAAUUUAGACCAGAAUAUUAAAUAAAAGUAAAAGUAAGAU